UUUUAUGAAUAUAUUUAAAGCACACACUCACGGGUCACAGUGGCAAGGUGAUGGCGGCCAAGUACGUGCAAGAGCCCAUUAAAGUGGUAACCGGAAGUCAUGACCGGACAUUGAAGAUCUGGGACUUGCGUAGCAUCGCCUGCAUUGAGACAAAGUUUGCCGGAUCGAGUUGCAAUGAUUUAUGCACCACGGACAGUCUGGGCUCGACAAUCAUCAGUGGACACUACGAUAAGAAGAUACGAUUCUGGGAUAUACGAACUGAGAAACAAGCCGAUGAUGUUCUCAUGCCUGCCAAGAUCACCUCGCUGGAUCUAUCAAAGG